AUGAAGUUCUCCAACGCCGUUGUCCUUGCCGCCGCCACUGGCACCUACGCCCAGAUCUCUGUUAUCAACAGCGUCCUCUCCAGCGUCUCCAGCGGCAUUGAGGCUCUUGACACCGCCGCCAAGGGCUUCAACGGUGACGUCGAUGCCGUCAAGUCCAAGGCUGACGCCCUUGUCUCCGCCAUCAAGGCUGGCAAGACCAAGGUUGACGGCUCCAAGGACCUCACCCUCACCGAUGCUCUUGGCCUGACCGAUCCCGUCCAGGCCUUGACCAAGAAGGGUCAGACCCUUGCUGACGACUUCAAGGCCAAGCGCUCUGAUGUUGAGAAGGCUGGUGCUUGCGGCACCGUCCGUGAGGAGCUCGGUGACAUCAACACCAACUCCCAGGCUCUCAUCAAGUCUGUUGUUUCCAAGGUCCCCAAGGAUGCUCAGAGCAUUGCUCAGCAGCUCGCCGACGGCCUGACCAAGGUCCUCAACCAGGCUCAGGAUGACUUCUCCGAGUCCAACUGCAAGAACUCUGGCGGUUCUUCUGGCACCAAGACUGGUGGUGCUUCCCAGACCUCUGCUGCUCCCACCGGCAGCCAGACUGCCCCCGGAACCACCUUGGCUCCCACCACCACUGCUGCCCCUACUGGCGGCAAUGGUACCACCACCACCCCCCCUCCCGUCACCGCUGGUGCCUCUUUCCUGGCUCCCGCUGGUGCCCUCGUCAUGGCUGUUGUCGCCGCUCUUCUGUAA